UGGGUCAGUAGCAAGUUCUGUGCACCGUCGACUCAAGUUGGGCCUGAUAUUGGGCCCGAGUAAUAUUAAUAAAGCCUCCAUUUUUAAAUAAGUCACCGAUUUUUGGGAGAAAAUUGGUUGUACGCCUAAGCUGACCACCGUCUAGCCUCAAAAUUGCGGCAGUUUGCCUCCAAUACGUGCCUGUUGGCCGAUUAAUUGAAAUUGGUGUUUGAUGGUCCAAACUGUAGCCAAAAUCCAAACUCAAAACCAAUUUCGGUGGUCCAAACUGUAGCCAAAAUCCAAACUCAAAACCAAUUUUGGUGAGUUCGCUGUACAUUGCCACGGAAUCUGAUCUUUACCUUCUUCCGAUUGAAAAACCAUUCUCUUUCGAUCAUGGAUUUAUCCGAAGUUGUCAGUUUUUCUAGGAAAUUUACCGUCUUGGUCAAAGUCCAAGGCCCUGAUCCAAAAGGAUUGAAGAUGAGGAAACAUGCUUUUCAUCAAUACGAUUCUGGCAAUACAACACUUUCAGCUUCUGGGAUGUUGUUUCCAAAAAAUAUGUUAAAUGGCGAGGUUGCAGCUAGUAAGCUUAUGUCUGAAGCUGGUCAGGACAUGUCGCUGGUUUUGACUGUUGCAUCUCUUGUAGAACCAUUCUUAACGUUGGGGCAUAGAGCUAGUAUCUCUCAGGAUCCGGUGAAAUUGAUCACUGGUGCUCGAAUUGAGAUUCUGGUGGAGGAUCAGUUAAACUCGGCCAAAGAAGAUCCUUUUUGGGUUCCUGCACAACUUCUUUCGCUGGUUGAUGUCCCUGUAUCUUCUGCUAUACUCCAAUCUCUUAUUGAAACUUCUUUGGGUUCAAAAGAUUCUGGAUGGGAUGUUGGUUGGUCGUUGGUCUCUGCUGGUAAUGGUUCUCAACCUUCAAGCAAUAUUGAACAUCACAGCAAGCCCUUGAUGCAACUUGAUGAGUCACAUGAUGCUAAGUUUAUGGCCAAGUCUGCCACUCGAAUGGCUCUUCUAGGAGUCUCUUUAAGUUUAUUGGGCCAGCCAAACAUAAAUCUCGCUACCUCAAUUAGCAAGGGUGAUACACUUAUAACACUUGGCUCUCCUUUUGGAAUCCUUUCACCCGUACACUUUUUUAAUAGUGUAUCAACUGGCUCCAUUGCGAACUGCUAUCCUUCUAGAUCACUAAAGAAGUCACUGAUGAUAGCUGAUGUUCGAUGUCUCCCUGGAAUGGAAGGGGCUCCGGUGUUUGAUAAGAAUGGGCACUUAAUUGGUGUUUUGAUUAGACCAAUUAGGCAAAAGAAUAGUGGCGUUGAAAUUCAGCAGCUGGUGGUUCCAUGGGGAGCAAUCACAAAUGCUUGCAACCACUUGCUGCUUGAGGAACCAUCUGAUGAAAGGAAAGCAAGUCAUUGGGGGAGUGAAGUCUUAAGUAUUAAACCAAAUGCUAGUAUGCCUGCACAAGUGGCUGUUGAGAAAGCGGCGAAAUCAAUUUGCCUUAUUACUGUCAACGAUGGUGUCUGGGCAUCCGGUGUUAUUCUUAACGAACAUGGUCUCAUACUAACAAAUGCGCACCUGCUUGAGCCGUGGAGGUUUGGAAAAGGUGGUGUAUAUGGUGAAGACAACGACAAAGAUCAAAAACCCUAUGUCUUAGUGUCCAAGGAGUUUUCUUCCACAAGAAGUAGAUUUUGGGAACAUGAGAGUCAAACAUUGCCACGGAAAACUCCAGCAAAACUUUAUCCGUUUAUCGGAAAAAACGUCAAGAAAUACAAACACAAAUUCGUUCAGUUUGGGAAUAGGGACAUACGUGUACGACUGUAUCACCAAGAUUCGUGGACUUGGUGUCCUGCUAAAGUGGUCUAUAUUUGCAAGGAACAAUUGGAUGUUGCCUUACUGCAGCUAGAACAUGUCCCUGGAAAGCUCCAACCUAUUCGUGCCAACUUUUCUUCUCCUGCGUUGGGUACAUCAGCACAUGUUGUUGGACAUGGACUCUUCGGACCAAGAUGUGGGCUUUCUCCUUCUAUUUGUUCUGGAGUUGUAGCAAAAGUAGUUCACGCAAAGAUAAAAUUAUACACGCAAUCUACUUCGCAAAAAGCCAUAGAGCUCCCCGCUAUGAUCGAAACAACAGCUGCCGUGCAUCCUGGUGGUAGUGGUGGUGCUGUUGUCAAUUCAAGUGGCCAUAUGAUUGGACUUGUUACUAGCAACGCAAGACACGGAGCAGGGACGGUAAUACCGCAUCUCAACUUCAAUAUCCCAUGUGCAGUUUUGGCACCAAUCUUUAAGUUUGCAGAAGAUAUGCAAAACAUUGAAAUCCUUCAAACACUUGAUCAACCAAAUGAAGAACUCUCAUCGAUAUGGGCAUUGAUGUCAUCACUGUCACCAAAACCUAACCCUAAGACUGAUCAGUCUCUACCCAAUCUACCUAAGUUACUCAAAGAUGUUAACAACAAACAAAAGAAAGGAUCUCAGUUUGCCAAGUUCAUAGCAGAGACUGAGGACAUGUUUAUAAAGCCGACCAAACUUUCCUGUGACGUGAUCCCUAGCAAGUUAUGAUAAAAUGGCUUUCUCUGCAGAGUUUUUGUCUUCAUUAUCUCCAUUUGCUUGAGUACCAACUUUAACUUGUGUAGAGAAAUUAUAAUGUGUUGUUUUUGUUUAUGGAUUCCUCUGCUUGUACCAUAUUUAAACACUUACCAUACGCAACUGUUUAUCAAUCUUCAUACUGCAAUUAUGUUGGCCUUUCCUAGCUUUAUUGGCUCUCAGUCUCCUUAGCUUGUAAACUGCUCGAUGAUUCUUGGAUUGCAUUAGAAAAUUUUGUCGAAGAACUGAAGUGCAAACCCAUACACAUGAGUUGAUUUUUCUCCUAU